GAUAGGUUUCCUCAGGUGCUUCAUUCAGCGUUUCCUCAAACAUCGCAUGUCCACGAGUGGACAUGGACGGGUGCAAUUGCCACACCUUCCGCGAAUUUCGACACCGCGUUUGUUGUCGGAAUUUCGAAGUUGAGGCACAUUUUGCCAGUGCCGAAGUGCGUUUACACGAAACUAAUUGGACCAUACAGUUAUAUACCGUUACUCCAAGCCGUGAAACAUUCCAAAAUGGUGUUGAUGAAGCCAAAGAAACGUGAGGAUGAACUAAAGGCCGCAGGCGGAGACAUCGUGUCCAUACGGCAUCAGGAGCUUCAGGCUAUUCCGCAGAGUAUCCUUGGCGCCAGAAACUUGGUAGUUCUGAAUUUGAGCAACAACAACCUGACCACUCUCCCUUCGGAAAUCGGAUAUCUGAAAGGGUUGCGUAUUCUCCAUUUAAGCUUCAACAACCUCACGAGUCUCGCUCCCACCUUCGCGCAGCUCUAUCUCCUCGAGGUUCUGUCACUCGGCGGAAAUCGCCUGACGACAUCAGCGAUCGAAGCUGCUUCGUUGGACAAACUGGGCGGACUGGCGCGACUGAACCUGACGAACAAUUUGCUUGAUGAGGUUCCGAAAUCGAUAUGUGAGAUCGAUACGUUGGUGCAUUUGGCCCUUGGAGGGAAUGCGAUUGGGAGUAUUCCUGAUGAGAUUAUCAAACUGAAACAGCUGGUAAGUAACCUUGCUUAAUCAACGGGCCUGUAAGAAACGCUUUAUGCUUAGAAGGAGAUCUUCCGGUGAUGUGCCAAAAGCAAUUCCUCGGCAUGAAUAACAACCAGUUGAAAACCAUAAACAAGGUCGUCGCUCAGCUCCCGUCGCUUUCAGGAAUCUCUUUCGCGGGAAACCCAUUGACGGAUGCAAAAUCGGAAUCGGUCGAGCUGAGCAGCAUCGUUUCGGUCAUAC